CUUCUUCAUCGUGCUGGGUCUGAAGAGCAGCACUGUCAAAAUCAAUAGACAUGGUGCAGACAGAGCCUGUUGGUGGAGGGUGCUCUGAGAAAAGAGAUCAGUGUUUUGGCAUCCGGGAUCCACGUAUGACAAGUCAGCUGAUCGCGACCAGGAUCUUCAAAGAAGCUGUGAGCUCUCCUGUCUGACUGCAAGAAUUACAUUCGGUUCAUAUAUUCGUUCAUUGUUUUUAAAGAGGUAGAAAUGGCUUCGAACCCGCCCAAGUUAAAGAUUGAAAUUACUGCCAAUGAAAGGCUGCAAAACUUGAAAAACACGUUCGGAAAAAAGUAUGGAGAAUCUCCUCUCUUCUAUGCAUGUGCACCUGGAAGGGUCAAUCUAAUAGGAGAGCAUAUCGACUACUGUGGCUAUUCUGUUCUUCCAAUGGCCAUUGAACAGAAUAUCCUGGCAGCGGUCUCAGUGAACAAUUCAGGGACAAUCACACUGGCCAACACAAAUCCUCAGUACAAGGAUUUCACUGUGUCCUGUUCAGAGGACAUUGGUAUAGACCGAGAGAAUCCAACGUGGCAUUAUUACUUUCUCUGUGGAGUAAAAGGUAUUCAGGAAAAGUUUGGUAUGGCUCAGUUAGCAGGGAUGUCAUGUGUCGUAGACGGAACCAUUCCUCCGAGCUCCGGCCUCUCCAGUUCAAGUGCCUUAGUUUGUUGUGCCGGGCUCGUGACAGUGGAGGCCAAUCAAAAGUCCCUCUCCAAGGUGGCACUGGCUGAGAUUUGUGCCAAAAGUGAGCGCUACAUUGGCACAGAGGGAGGCGGCAUGGACCAGUCCAUCUCAUUCCUGGCCGAGAGAGGAACUGCAAAGCUGAUAGAGUUCCAGCCUCUGAGGGCCACCGAUGUCAAGCUCCCAGAUGGCGCCGUGUUUGUGAUCUCCAACUGCUGCGUUGAGAUGAACAAAGCUGCUUCGUCUCACUUCAACAUCCGUGUGGUGGAGUGUCGAAUCGCCACAAAGAUGCUGGCACAGACGCUGGGUCUGGGCUCCAGCAGGUUGUUGAAGCUGGUGCAGGUUCAGACGGAGCUGGAUGCCUCCCUGGAGGAGAUGCUGGCUCUGGUGGACGAGCUGUUGCAUCCUGAGCCCUACAGCCGAGAAGAGAUCUGCAAGGAGCUGGGCGUCACCUCUGAGCAGUUCUCCUCAGAGCUGCUGAGCGCCAACACUCAGCAUGUGAAGCUUUUCAAGCUGCACCAGCGAGCCAAGCACGUGUACGGCGAAGCUGCGCGGGUGCUGCAGUUCAAGAGCGCAUGCGACUCUGAACCGGCGGAAUCCGUACGGCUACUGGGAGACCUGAUGAACCAGAGCCAUGCGAGCUGCCGAGACCUGUACGAGUGCAGCUGCCCUGAACUGGAUCGACUGGUGGACAUCUGUCUGAAGUCGGGGGCAGUGGGCUCUCGGCUGACCGGAGCAGGUUGGGGCGGCUGUGCUGUUUCCAUGGUUCCUGGUGAGAAGGUCGAGUCUUUCUUACAAGCGGUGAGCAAGGCCUUCUACCUCCCCGAUCCACGCAGAGCGGCGAUGGAAAAACAGAGUUUGUUUGUGUCAAAGCCAGGCGGGGGAGCUGCAAUUUUCCUCACGGAGUAAAAUGUAUUCUCCAUGUCUGUUUAUACAACAGACAUGGAGAAUACAUUUCAUUUCAUUCAAAUGCAGUGUGGCUGGGAAAUAAAUGACAUAUUUCUUUUUACAUUUGAUUCAGAAGGCACUCACAAAUGACAGUAAACCAAAAUGUUAACCUUGAAUUGUUUCUUACAAAGGGGAAUAUACUUUUUGUGUUUUAAAUUACCAAAAGGCACUUAUCAUUAAACUCAGCAAAGAUGACACAUGUAACAACAAUCAUAUCUAAUUUGUGCUGCCGUAACAUUUUAUACGUGAACAUAAUGUCAUUAACAAGGGCAAUAAAUCGUGAAUGUUUAAAUAAACUGAAUAGUUUAAAUGUGCAA